AUGAAACUUAAGGCAUUGUCGGCUGGCCGGCACGGGAAUGACCUCCAGAACACCGGGGUGGGGGUCUCAGAGUUGAAUCACCUUGUCCAGCUGCUCACUGACAUGGACAGCGUGAAGGAAUUGGUGGCCGAGCUGCAGCAUGAGGACAUCGCCCUCGGGGACACCAAGCUCGAGGAUCUGGAGGCUGCUCUGCAGAAAGCCAAGGUUGAGCUGGCCCAGCAGCUCCGGGAACACCAGGAGCUCUUGAACGUCAAGCUGGGCCUGGACGUGGAGAUCGCGACCCACCGGAAGCUGCUGGAGGGCGAGGAGAGCAACUGGCUGGAGAAGGUGUUGGUGCCGUGA